AUGACCGAAUUAAAAUCGCGUACAAAUUCACCUAGUAAAUAUAAAAAUCUUGAUUUUAACGUGGAAGACAAUGGAGUUUAUUUAACUAAUGAAGCAAAUCGUCAUUUAUCACAUGUUGAACGUCGCUCUAAUAGACUGAAACCAAUAUCGGCUAUUAAAAUUUUAUUCGAUGCUGCAUCACUGAUAAUAAUUGCAUUAUCCUGGUUACUUCUUAAAUAUCUUAUCAAACCCGUUCGUCGAGCAUUUUUAUGUUCCGAUCUUAAUUUAUACCAUCCACAACCAGUCAAAAAAAUCAUUGGCUCAGAAUUUGUUCGUUGGUAUUAUAUAAUUCGUACAAAAGCAGCUCGAGCUGUUUAUAAAAUUAACUUUCGAAAAAAAUCAUACAAUAUACCAGAAUGGUUUGGAAAUUUAUAUAUUAUUCUUGGUGUUUUCAUCUUUGCUGCAUGUGCCAAUUCAUUUUUAACUAAUGUUGGAAAAGUAUCGGUUGGCCGUUUACGUCCGCAUUUUAUUCCAUCUUGUUUUCAAAAAUAUGAUUACACAUCGUUUUGUACUCGUCCAAAUGAUUGGAUAACAGAUUAUAAAUGCAUUGGUGAAUCAAGUGAUCUUAUUAAAGAAAAAGAUGGUGCUAACGAUAUUAGACAAUCAUUUCCAUCUGGUCACGCUUCAACAGCAUUUUGUGGUUUAAUAUUUUUGGCAUUAUACAUUCAUCAAGUUUGGUGUUAUCGUAAUAUCGGUCUGUUUCCCUAUAUCGUUCAAACUGGCUGUGUAGCACUCGCAGCAUUUAUCGGUAUAACACGUAUAACUGAUCAUCGUCAUCAUCCAACCGAUGUUUUGGCCGGUUCACUCCUUGGAACUAUUGUUGCAAUUAUAGCUUUUCGAUAUAUGGUUGCCCAAUUUAAACAUUCAACACUAGAACAAGGAGAAAUUAUAAGAAAAACGGACAAAUCCGACGAAUUUUGA